GUAAUUAUGUAAUAGUGGCAAAGAGUGACUUGCUUUGUGAGAAUGUAACUGUCUCUUGUGAAAAGCAAUUCAUGCUCAGAUUCAUUUGGAGUCACUAAUUUCUCAAAAGUUUUAAUUAAAAUAAGUAAUGUACCAAGAGACUACCACUGUAAAUGAUAACCAACAUGUUAUUUGCUUCUUACAAAAGUGUUAAUUGUGAUUUAGAAAUAUGUCCUUGAUUUAAAGCGACAAAUGAAGUGGAAGCCAUACAACAAACUGCUGAACUAUCACAAGCCAUAACCACCGUAGACAAUAAUCCUCACUGUGUUUAAAACGCAGUGUUAGUUUCAACGAGAUUCCUGUGCAUUUGUUGUCAGCGUGUCAGUCUCACACUUUUUGGUUGGCAUUUCUGUGAGGCAGGGAAAAAAAAUGUGUAGGCUUUGUGUAAAGAGAAACUACACGGAGGAGGAGGAGGAGACAGACAUUUUGCCUGUCAGAGACUGAAAAGAGGAGCAUCAAGCCAACAAGUGUGGCUGCGAACACACACUAAAGUGCUUCCUAAAUCAAAUCCAGGGACAGAGAGAGAGAGAGAGAGAGAGAGAGGAAGUCCUGCUGUCAGACAUUCAAAAAGAGACAAACACUGGAAACAAGAUGAAGGCACAGCUCCUGCUGAUGAUUGAUUGUUGCUAAAACUGAGUGCUUUACCCACCUGGAGGAUACCGGCUCUCAGAGGGAGAGGCACACAAUAACCUCCUCUGACAAAGGGAGGCACCCCAGGAAACUAAAGAGCAGAGAGCAGAAAGGGAUUUCCCUUUCUCUCUCGCGACCCAUCUCUUUGUCAGGCUGGCAGGCUCAGCCAUGGCGUUCACCUUUGCGGCCUUCUGCUACAUGCUCACCUUGGUGCUGUGCGCUGCCCUCAUCUUCUUUGUCAUCUGGCAGAUCAUUGCAUUUGACGAGCUCCGCACAGACUUCAAAAACCCCAUUGAUCAGAGCAAUCCCACCAGAGCGAGAGAAAGGAUUCUCAACAUCGAACGAAUCUGCAACUUGCUUCGCAGAUUGGUGGUACCAGAGUACUCCAUCCAUGGACUCUUCUGCCUGAUGUUCAUGUGUGCUGGAGAGUGGGUCACACUUGGCCUCAAUAUCCCCCUGCUCUUCUACCAUCUGUGGAGGUUUUUUCAUCGGCCGGCUGAUGGAUCAGAGGUCAUGUAUGAUCCUGUCAGCGUGAUGAAUGCAGACAUUCUCAAUUACUGCCAGAAGGAGUCUUGGUGUAAGCUGGGCUUUUAUCUGCUCUCUUUCUUCUACUAUCUCUACAGUAUGGUCUACGCUUUGGUGAGCUUCUAACAGACAGGGGAUCUGGAGAAAUCAAAGGAAGAAACUGUGUGAAAGACUCAGAGUAAAAAUGAAGACAUUGACCCUUGCUCUUGCAUCGUAUCCACUCCUUCACUGGCUUUUUUUAAAAGUCUAACCUUGGACAAGAGGCGAUCAAUCUGAGUGAUAAUGUGAAUGUAAAAGUGUUGCCUCCUUCGAUUACAUCUCUUGAUCCUACAUACUGCUGGUGGACGGCUGGACACAUUUUGGACGGACUGAAAUGACACAGAAAGAGGACUUCCCAGCAGGUGUUUGUGUUGCCUUUGACCAAUUCUACUAAAUACAAUAUAUUCCUGAAGGGCUGGAGUUUUCCCAUGCUGCUCUUAAUGAUCCAGUCCCUCAACUCACUGUGAAUCUCCAAACACUAAGGGGCUGGAAAGAAAACAGUAUGUCUGUAUCCUCUGACUUUAAAAAAGGACUUAAAGCAGAGGUGUUUUGUGUUUAAGGUACAGGAACUGUAAGAAACAGAGAACUUAAAAUCACUGUAAGAAAUGUAGAAGGUCUGCCGGGGAAGUAAGGAGGAAGAUAAACAAACAGAUGACAUAUAUAGGUAGACCAAUACAAUAUCUCCUUGAUGCCAGCCUCUGCCAAAAUUCAUAUUUCAAACUGUUACGAAAACGAAGAAUAAUUCACAAGUUUGACUUUGAGGUUCUUAGCUUGUAAUGUGUAUUCACAAUAAGUGUGUCCAUACAGUCAGAACGUAUUUUAUGCUACAUGCUAGGUUCAUGCUUUCUAAAGAGCUUCAUGCUCAGACACAUGCCAAAAGUUUGUUUCUGAAAAACAUUGUGCCAAAUUAAAAAGUCUAACAGAACAUUAACAAAAUAAUGGAGGCUAGAGAGUGCCAAGGCACUGUCAUGCCUUUCUUUCUUCUUCUUUCGUUCUUUGACACUUAUUUAACUUUGGCAGAGUGGUUUUUUAAAGUAGAAAAAUAACUUAGUUCUGUAGUAUUUUUCAGUGUGAAGGGAGCGCCUUAUUCCUGUUUCCAGUGAAGUUUACUCUUAUUCAUCUGCAUCUAUACUGUAGUAAUUUUAGCACAGCAACUUUCUCUGACCUGACGUAGAAUAUAGAGAGCUCAUGUACAAAAAGCAAUUACAAACAAGCAAAUUAGCAAUGUUACAUGAUUCCUGACACAUAUCGUUCGAGUGACAUUUAGUGUUUGUAAUACCAGUGAAGAGGAAACGAGUGGCAGAUGAGACAAUAAUGACUUAAUGAAUAUGACAAUGUUUUCAUUACUUCAGAAGUGUAACAAACAGUGAAGUCAUCUGAGUGCAUUGAAAAUCAUACAGUUGAGAUGGGAAAGAUGUAAGCAGGCAAAGCCUUUUCUCAGCUGGUGCUGCCUUUGUUAUCAUGUGUUUAUUAGUUUGAUCUGUUCAUAGAUAAGUGACGGCUCAAAUGUGAUUUUAUAAUCAGUAGAAAAGCCUGAAAACAAACUGUGAUGUUUGUGAUGAAACGUGUGUUUUAUAGACUGUAGGACUCCUAAAAAAUUUCUUGAACACAAUAGCCUAAUGAAGAGGUUUCUAAUCAUGUUUCAUGAUUCACAACUAAAGGUCAUCAUUUAUCACGAGCAUAACAA